GCUAAAUCUUUAUUGGACGGAGCAACUAAAAUAUAUAUAACAGGAAAUGACAUCAAAUUCUUGAGUUCCAUUGAGUAAAAGAAAAACUUGUUUUGUUUAUCUGUUCACUGUAUUACGAUUUGUAAAAUCUCAUGAUCUUGGACAUACUUAUGGAUUUGUUUUGUUAAAUAUAAUGCUGAUAUUUUUCAGAAACAAGUUCCACUUCUUUUAAAAUGUCCAAGUCUAGCAAAUCAGAAUCAGUAAAAGUGGUUGUAAGAUGUCGACCACUGAACGAGAAAGAAAUAGCAGAAGGGCAUUCACGGGUUGUAGAAAUGGAUGUCAAAAAAGGUGUGAUUGAGGUGAAAAAUCCAAAGGCAGGUAAUACAGAACCACCCAAAAAGUUUACAUUUGACUCAGUGUAUGACUGGAACUCCAAGCAGCGUGACUUGUAUGAUGAGACCUUUUAUGCCUUGGUUGACUCUGUGUUGCAAGGUUUUAAUGGAACAAUAUUUGCUUAUGGACAAACUGGCACAGGGAAAACACACACUAUGCAAGGUCUGAAAACCAGUAGAGAGGAGUGGGGUGUGAUCCCUAAUUCUUUUGAGCAAAUAUUUCAGCAUAUUUCUCAGUCUCAGAACCAGCAGUACCUUGUCAGAGCCUCAUACUUAGAAAUCUAUCAGGAAGAAAUUAGAGACUUGUUGUCUAAGGACCAAACUAAACGAUUAGAGUUGAAAGAGAGAACAGAUACAGGGGUUUAUGUCAAGGAUUUGUCCUCAUUUGUAACAAAGAGUGUGAAAGAAAUAGAACAUGUGAUGAAUGUGGGCAACAACAACAGAUCUGUUGGUGCUACCAACAUGAACCUUCACAGCUCCAGAUCUCAUGCUAUAUUUAUUGUAACUGUUGAAUGUAGUGAGGAAGGAGCUGAUGGUGAGAACCAUAUACGUGUAGGUAAACUCAAUAUGGUUGAUCUCGCUGGCAGUGAGAGACAGAGUAAAACUGGAGCUACAGGUGAAAGGUUAAAAGAAGCAACAAAAAUCAAUUUGUCACUGUCCACUCUCGGUAAUGUCAUCUCUGCCUUGGUGGAUGGGAAGAGUACCCACAUUCCAUACAGAGACUCUAAGCUGACCAGACUGUUACAAGACUCAUUAGGAGGUAAUGCAAGAACAGUAAUGGUAGCUAACAUUGGUCCAGCCAGCUAUAACUAUGAUGAAACAAUAACAACACUCAGAUAUGCCAAUCGAGCCAAGAACAUUCAGAAUAAGCCUGUCAUCAAUGAAGAUCCAAAAGAUGCUCUUCUUAGAGAGUUUCAGGAAGAGAUUAUGAGGUUAAAGUCACAGCUGGAGUCUAAAGGUGGACCGAAGAAGAAAAAGAAAAGGAGGUCACGUAAAAAUAGAGAUGGUCAGGUAACUGAAGGGGAUGAGGAUGAAGAUGAAGGGGAAGACGAGUCUAAUGAAAAUGAAGCUGAUGCCUACCUUAGAGAACAGCAAGCUAAACUAGACCAAGAAAAGGAAGCUAUUUUAGGGAACCAGUCGCUUAUUGCAGAAGAAAAGGAAAAACUCUUGUCAGAAUUAACAGAGAAAGAAAAUAGAAUGCAGCAGGAACGUGAACAGAGAGAUUUGUUGGCUACUAAAAUCAAGGCAAUGGAGAGCAAACUGCUUGUUGGCGGUAAAACUAUUGUAGAUCAUACUAAUGAACAACAGAGAGCUCUUGAACAAAGGAGGAGAGAAAUAGCAGAGCAGCAGCGUAAAGAGCGUGAAAUGCAGCAGAAGUUGGAAGAGAAAGAAGAAACAGCUGUGGAGUUUAGAGAGACCUACCAAUCUCUACAACAGGAAGUAGAUGUGAAGACUAAAAAACUAAAAAAGUUGUUUGGCAAGCUCCAAGCAACUCGUCAGGAUAUACUAGAUCUUCAGGAGGAAUACACUAAAGAGAGGCAGGAGCUAGAGCAAACUCAGAUGGAGCUAACAAGGGAGCUCAAGUUAAAAAUGUUGAUUAUAGAAAACUUUAUCCCAACAGAGGAUAAAGUGAAAAUACAGAACCGAGCUUUCUUUGAUGAAGAGGACGAUACCUGGAAACUGAAACCUUUGGCCAAUAAGAAUGCUGAAACCAUGGCCAAACGCCCAGUUUCUGCAGUUGGUAAUCGACGACCCAUUUCUGAGUUUGCUAGAGUAGCUGCCGGUAUGGGAGGUAGUUAUCGUUAUAAGGCUGAAAACAUUAUAAAUAUAGAACUGGACAUGCCUAACAGAACAACACGUGACUAUGAGGGACCAACUGUAGCUCCACGUGUUCAAGCAGCUCUGGAUGCUGCUUUACAAGAUGAAGAUGACAUAGAAAUAAAUGGGAGUUUGUUUAGUUCCAAAUCACCAUCCAAAAAGAAGAGUUCCACCUCAAGAGUCAAGACCGGCACCAGAAGAGCAGAUGAACAAAAGUACCCAGUGUCCAGAGGUUUGGUGCCCAAGUAGAAAUAAACAAUUAUCUCAGCUGACCAAUUGACGGACACAACAAUGUUAUUGAUUUUAUUUGUCUUAUUUAUAAAUUGUCCUGCAGCUUGUAUUGGAUGAAGAAAUUAGUUUUGAAAUGUUGUACAGGGUAGUCAUAAGAAAAUACAUUCAUUGUGAAUAUGAGCACAUUUUGCAUAGGUUAUCCCCCCCCCCCCCCCCCCCCUUUUUCCCCCCACCAACACUUGAAGAAAAAAGUUUUGAUGGUAAUACAUUUUUAAGACGUAUUCAUUUAUUUAAUUGAUUUAAUUUAACAUUAUUACUUUAGAAUUUAAUUAACUAGAAGAAAAAGAUUGAAACAUGUAUAGGGUUGGCUACAACUGUAAAACUUGAUGAAAAUAUUGAUCAGAAGACAAUUCUAAAAAUAUAAUAAAAUUGUACUGAUAUUGUCAGUGUACUAUUUUAUUGCAUACAUCAAGCAUACUCAAGCAGUGUCACAAAAUCGUUUGCAAAUGUUAGUAUGACCUUAUUUUUAAAUCUUGAGCUUCAUAAAUCUAUUAAGGUCUGUUUCUGCUUUUAAAGUAGGUAUAUAUGUGGACACAUAUAUUUGUUGCUUAGAUGUUUUAUCUAUUUUAACUCUAAUUAUCAACGUUAUAGCCUAUCAACUGCUUCUAUCAUAGACAGGCUUUACGUUUUAAGCAAUUUUUGGUUUUUACUAAUAAGACUCCUGCAGGAAAUGAAAUAUGUUGUUUAUAUUUCUCCUUAAAAUUUCAUAAAUUUUUUUUACUGUACCUAGGGGUUUAGGGUGGGUUUAGGGUGGGUUUAGGGCUGGGUUUAGGGCUGGGUUUAUUAAAUCAAAGAUUUUGUAUCUCCAGGUUUAGGGCUGGGUUUAUUAAAUCAAAGAUUUUGUAUCUCCAAGCAGUGGCGUAGCUAGGGAUUAGGGGGUCCAGGGGGUUUGAUCUAUUUAAGGGCCGCUGCAUUUUGACCUUUGACAUCAAGAUAUGAGAUAAUGGCAUAUUUAAUGUAAAAUCUAAUUUUGGACACUCUUUGUGGGGGCCCAGUGAGAUUUUCAAAUUGCCCCCCCCCCCCACCUUAGCUAUGCCACUGGCUCCAAUGAUGUGAUAUAAGAUUUAGACACUAGGGGGAUUAAUAAAAAAUGUAAAAUUGGAUUAGGUAUUAAACUUAAAAAUAAUUAUUUAUAAUAAAAAAAAUACUACUGUAUUUGUAGGGCAAGAAACUUAUUUUAUACCACUGUAAGUUGUGUUUUGGCUGUGAAGUCAGUGAACUUAUUGCAAGCAUGUUGUAUGCAUUUCAUUUUUAUUUAUUUUAUGCCAUGUGAAUUUAAAUCAAUGAGUAAGCAAACUGUGAUGUUGAACUCACUUGGCCAGGACCUACCUGCCCCAUGAAGUUCAAAUUAUUUCUGCAUCAGCUAGUUGUUAUUACUGUCUUAAUGAGUCUUAAUUUAAUUUAUUUUUUUUUCAUAUGCUAUUUUUCUGCAUGCAUUUCUCACAAUUCAUUUUGCAUCGCUCAUGAAAAUAUAAAAAAUGGGUUCAAUAGAACUAUUUAUAAUUUUGUAGAGCAUAUUAUUUAGCAUCACCAACAAUGUUGAGUUUGUGACAUUAUAUUACAGAAAUCCCUCCAUUAUUUAUUUUUUUUUUUUUAAUCUCAGUAAGUAUUGCUUUUAAAUCUUAGUUUAUAAUGGUUUUUAUGUUGUCUUUUUUUUUAUAUUUUAUUUUGUAUUUGUAAAAUAAGAAAAAAAAGGUACUGAUUUAUAUUUUGUUUUUAAUGUCUUUAUAUAUAAUAUGACUUGAAAAAUAAAAUUAUUUUUCAUCUCAAGUGAAAAUUCAUCA